AUGCGUUUGCUUUUACAAAUAAUUGUAGUCGUUCUAUCCUUCAUCUCUCUUGAACAUGAAGCCUUAGCUGCACUACCUUACACUUCUGUAGUUCUUCCAAUACAUAAACAUACCGAUGCUUCUAAGCCUCUUUAUAGUGUUCAAGUCAUGACAGCCUACGUAAACAUGCAAUUCUUAAGCCAAAAUCUCCUCAUAGACAUAGAUGCUCCUAUUAUAUGGCGCACUUGUUCCUUACAAUGGAACAUGUAUCAAGGCAGUUGCCCAGCCGACACACAAUGUGCCUUUCCUGUUUCUUGUGAAGAAUAUCAGUGCACCGAAGUACGAACUUCCUUCUCAUACAAGAAUCCUUACUGUCCACGAGAAACCAACACGUCAACGUUACCUGGUUGGGGAGAAUGUACGUGCCCAGUCAAUGUGGUCAACCCCAUUGAUGCAUCGUGUGUCCAGGCCCAGCUCAACUAUGACGACUUCACUUUCAAUGAAAGCAAUGGUGGAAAUGUGUAUACUGGAAUAUAUGGCGCUUACCCGAAUGCUGCGUGUGCUCCUUCUUCAUCACUUCAAUUAUUCCCUGCAAAUGUUACAGGUGUCAUGGCACUUUCAUCUUCGCCUUAUGCCUUACCAGCUCGUUUAGUUGACCCGCUUAGAAGAGUAAUAGGUCUAUGUUUGCCUAGCACCUUGUCUGCUCUUGGGGUUCUACUUUAUGGAGAUAGUCCUUAUUACCUUCUCCCCCAAUCAACUGUUGACGUAAGGAGUUAUCUUUCUUAUACUCCAUUGAUAAACCAUCCAGAUUCUUUUGGAUACUAUAUAGGUGUGAAUAACAUUGUAAUCAAAAAGAGAUCCAUUACUAUUCCGGCAGAUGCCAUCACCAAGAUUAGUACAACCGAGCCUUACACCAUUCUUAGAACUGACAUUUAUAAUCCUGUGGUUCGAAGGUUUGCAAUGGUUACAAAACGUAUCCCUCAGGCAACUCCAGUCCCACCUUUUGGCCUUUGCUUUAGCAGUUCCACAAAAGGUACACAAGUAUCCUUAAAAGUUCCUGAUAUUGAUUUUAGUCUACCGGAAGGAAAGAAGUGGACAAUGUCCGCGGCUAACUCCAUUAAGCAAGUGACACCAGAUGUUGCAUGUCUGGCACUAGUGGACGGUGGUGCAUCCUUUGAACCUGCAAUCGUGAUCGGAACCUUUCAGAUGGAAGAUAACUUUCUGGUGUUUAAUUUAGAGAACUCGACGUUUGGGUUUAGUUCUUCUUUAUUACGUAAAAAGACUUCUUGUUCAAACUUCAACUAUACGUUGGUUAGCAGCUAUUGA